AAAAGUUUCGGAAGUUGCCACGCGGGCUCUUCUGUUCCACGCUUCGUUUGGAGGCAUUUCUUCCAGUACUGUGCUGCCCAAAAUUGUUCCCGUCCUCAGCAGUUCCAGCGUAGUGAAAGGGGACUCGCUGCCGAUCUGAAUCGCGUCGAGCAGUAGGAAAUUACCGAAAAUGGCGGCAGUUUCAGUAUUCAGAGGCGUCUCUUAUGGUCGCUUCUCAUCAUUUCCUCAUCCCCAGUUUCCAGGGACAAGUAUAUCAAAUAGACCAAGGACAUUCAACUAUCGCUCCAAUGGCUUGACUCUAUUUGCUCGUUAUUCACCGACACAAGAUCUUUUUACUUCUCGGCUCCGAGACAGUAUGGCUAACUUCCCAAAACUUGUGGAGGAUAUCAUCCAGACAUCAAUCAACACAGGUCCUCGUGGAGCGGUAAGGCUAGCUCAAGGUGUUCAAGCUGUCAUUGGGGUUGGCAGUGAGUGGUUGGCAGAUGUAUCAAAGUUAACUUCGUCAACGAAUUCAUCCACUGGAUUACCAACUCAGCUGCAGCUUGGGCUACUAUCCCCCCUUUACCUCAGGAGAUUGUUUGAGCGCAUGGGUGCUACCUAUAUCAAAUUAGGUCAGUUCAUAGCAUCAGCACCUACACUAUUUCCACCCGAAUAUGUCCAGGAAUUUCAAAAUUGUUUUGAUAGAGCUCCAGCAGUUCCUUUUGAAGAGAUCCAGAAAAUACUGCGUGAGGAAUUAGGGAGACCAAUUGAGAGUGUCUACGAGUAUGUUGAUCCAACUCCCAUUGCCUCAGCCUCAAUAGCACAGGUUCAUGGUGCGAAGCUUAGAGGCUCACAAGAGGAUGUAGUGAUUAAGGUCUUGAAACCUGGAAUUGAAGAUAUACUAGUGGCAGAUCUGAACUUUGUCUAUGUUGUUGCCCGCAUUUUGGAGUUCUUGAAUCCAGAGUUGAAUCGCGCAUCACUGGUUGGCAUUGUCAAAGAUAUAAAGGAAUCCAUGCUUGAAGAAGUUGAUUUUAACAAGGAGGCUAUGAAUAUUGAAUCCUUUAGGAGAUAUUUAGAAUCCAUGGGAUUUACAAGGCAAGCUACGGCUCCAAAAGUGUUUCCGCAGUGCAGCAGUCAAAGAAUUUUGACAAUGGAAAGGCUUUAUGGAGUUCCUCUUACUGACCUGGAUUCCAUAAGCUCUCUUGUUUCAAGUCCAGAGACCAGUCUAAUAACUGCCCUCAAUGUAUGGUUUGGUAGUUUGCUUGCAUGUGAGUCUUUCCAUGCAGAUGUACAUGCAGGCAAUUUGUGGUUAUUACGUGACGGACGUAUUGGGUUUCUUGACUUCGGAAUUGUUGGACGCAUAUCCCCCAAAACAUGGGCUGCCAUGGAAGUAUUUUUGGCAUCAAUUGCAACAGAAGAAUACGAGUCCAUGGCAUCUGCCUUGAUUGAAAUGGGUGCUACAAACAAGGAUGUGGAUUCUAAAGCCUUUGCAAGAGAUCUGGAAAAGAUAUUUUCUUCAAUACAGGAUUUGGACACAGAAAUUGUUGUUGCAACAGCCAGGGAAACAAAUACCAAUGCAACUGCUGUCUCUGCUAAUCUAGUCGUUGAUGAGAGGCAGAUGAAUGCACUAUUUCUUGAUGUGGUUCGAGUGAGUGAAUCAUAUGGCCUGAGAUUCCCUCGGGAGUUUGCACUUCUAAUGAAGCAGCUUCUCUACUUCGAUCGCUACACCCGGUUAUUAGCUCCCAACUUGAACAUGCUUCAGGACCAGAGGAUUUCCAUCGUCUCUAAUCGAAGAAGCAGCAAUAGGAACAUUUACCAGUGAGGUGGUCAUAGCAUUGACGUAAUCUUCUGCCGGUAAUUUUCAUUCUGCUGCUUUUGUAAAUAAUAGCCAAAGAACUCUUGAGACUUUGCUUUUUGCGUAGAAACUUUGACAUACUGGAGAAAGUCGUUACCGAUGAUUUCAUCGGACAUGUGAAUCUGUUAAGUUCAGUUCUAUAAAUUCGUAUGAUUGGAGAUGUA